AUGAAGCACGUGGGUAAUACUCCUUCAAAACCCACGAAGCUAUACAGAGGGAAAAAUGGGUUGCUGAGAUACAGGCUUUGGCUUGGUACCUUUGUUACAGCAGAAGAAGCUGCUUUGGCUUACGACAAAGCUGUUUAUAAGCUUUGUGGUGACUUUGCUAGGCUUAAUUUCCCGAAUUUCAAACACCAUGGAUCAUGUAUUGGCAUUGGUGGUGAGUUUGGUGAGUAUAAGCCUCUUCCUUCUUUUGUAGCCGCUAAACUUCAAGCUAUUUGUGAAGGUUUAGCUGAGAUGCAGAAACAGGGAAAGCCAGAGAAGUCUAAGAAAACACCUGCUCAGUUGAAAACUUCCUCCAAGGUGGUGCCUCCACUGGAGACGGUGGAGAUAGAGAAGUCUGUUGAUGACUUGAAGGGUCCAGGUUCAGAAGGAUUUUGUAAGGUUGAAGUUUUAGAAGUUUGUUCAUGCCUUAAUUGUGAGUUUUCGAAUGAGUUUGUUGACUUAAAGAAUCAUUACAAAAAAGAGUUGACUUCGUAUUCCUUUGCUGAGUUUAAAGCAUUCUUCAUUUACAAGUGCAGGCUGCAGAGAAUUAGAAUCAGUAUCUGCUCAAUACUACAUUUAUAUAUUGAUUUGAAUGUAACAUAUCGUUUAGCUCUGAUACGUCAAGAAAGAGCUGAGUUUAAAAUUCUACUCUGCCUUUAUUUAUACUGA